AGUGCAGUGCCAAAGAACCGCUACUCAGAACGCGCAAUUGUCGGAACCGGACGUGUACUGCCAAACGGAGCCGAUACUAAUGUUGAGAUACCAGCUUUCUUAAGGACGCGUGUGUGUGCUGCAUUCGAAUCCCUGCCCCAAAAAUCAACAACUGAAAACUGGCCCAGUGUGCGACCGAGUGCGCUGUACCGAAAGUCGCGAUCGUUCUUCGGUUCGUUACUGAUAGGACUAACGGACUGCGACGGCUUGCCAGAAACCCUGAUGACAGGUCAAUAGUGUAGCGCGGUGAAGGCAGCUCCUAAAACCGGACAAGCUCAGAACGUGAUCUACCGCCGAGUCGGUUGGUAGCUGAUCUACUAGCGGGCAACAGUGUUGGCCGUGAAGCGGUUGCGUGUUUGCAACGUAGAAGGAUAAUAGAACGGCUAGAGUGAAGACAUACGAUCGAUCGAUCGACAUCGGUUUGGUGAAGUGUUGGUAACUUGGAAAGAAGAGUGAUCAAGGAUCGGCAUGAAGUUAGUUUUGCUAAUCGUCGCUACAUUCGUUGUCGGAGCGCUGUGCACCGAAAAAUGCGUACCUGGGACAACGUUCAAGGAAGACUGCAAUACCUGCCGCUGUGCACACGAUGGACGUAAAGCGUGCACCCGCAAGGUAUGCCCACCGCACGAACAGGAACUCUCGGACGAGUCCGUUGUUCGCGUCGAGCCCAACCACAACGAGACGAUAGUGGCGGGCGAUGAGAAGGAUGAGGUUCACCUUCAAACAAACGGACAAGUCUGUACCCCGAACGAGAUCAAGAUGAAGGAGUGUAACCGGUGUCGCUGCGCCAACAACGGUAUCGGUUGGUUCUGCACGAGACGAGCAUGCCCGCCGCGGGAGAAGCGCUCGACGUCCCAGAUGGAGUGCGUACCGGGGACCUCUUUCAAACGCGAGUGCAACGAUUGCUCCUGCACGCCGGAUGGCAAAGCCGCUUGCACGCUCAAGGCUUGUCUGCCGCCGCAUCGCCGACGUCGCGCUGUAGCGGCUCCGAAGAAGAAGUGUACUCCCGGAGAAUCGUUCCUUGAUGAGGACGGGUGCAAUACGUGCCACUGCAACAACGACGGUACUGCUGCGUGCGGACGGAUGGCCUGCCCUUCUCAGGAUGAUGUACCGAUUUUGGGCGACUUUAUGGUCUCGAAUCGUCGUCGUCGCUCUCCCAACACCGAGCAGGACUGCACUCCCGGAACAACGUUCAAAGACGCCGAUGGGUGUAAUGACUGCGUCUGCACGAAGGACGGUAAGGCCGCUUGUACGCUGAAAUUGUGCCGGCCACUUGGAGAAACUGUAGGGCAGCACGCAAGACAUCGACGCUCCGACACCGUGGCGGGGAAAAGGAACGAAAAAGAAGGAAAAGUAGAUGCAGGAAAGGAAAAAGAUCCGAAAAAGGAAGUAGACAAAAUGGAUGAAGGAAACGAAGUAGAAAAGGAACAGCCGGUCGAAGACACCGAGUCUCUCAAGAGGUGUCAGGCCGGAGAAAGUUACCGACAUGAAGACGGUUGCAACAAGUGCACCUGCGCGAAGAAUGGCAAAUUCGAAUGCACGAAACAUCUGUGUUCGCUACGGCGUCGACGGGACUUGCCACGCUCGGACAUUGCACCAGGAACGCCCGGAUUCAAAUGCGAAGCGCGCAAGUCUUUCAAGUAUCAGUGCAACACCUGCUUAUGCUCGGACGAUGGACUGCAUGCCGGAUGUUCCUACAAGUACUGCGUUCCGGGAGAAUGGUAAUGUGCGCGUAGUUACUAGUCUCACUAGUGUAGUUACUGUAGUGCUACUGAUAAAGGUUCUGUUUGUUUUGUUUGCAACUUUUGAAAAAAAAAGUGCUUGGUUAAGUGAUUUUUUUUUUGUUUGCGUUUAUUUUAGUUUCGCCCCAUUACACCGACCAAAUAAAUAAAAUUAUU